AGUUGUGACUGGAGAGAAGGUGCAUGUGUGGUUGGUGGGUGACUGUCCAUGAGCAGAGACUGUACUUAUAAAAAGGAACUAAAAGUCAUCACUUCGUCUUGGAGGAGGGCACAGGAAGUGGCACUGAGCUGUUUUGAAAGUUUUUUUUCUGCCUUUCUGCGAAUAAGGAAGGGGUGAACGUAAGAAGCUGCAAUCUGGGAGAGGAACAACGAACAGACAACGAAGCAUGGAAGACAAACAACACAAUGGACGAGUGCCUGUCGUGGAGGACAUGAAGGUGAAAGUGCUUCGUGGAAGUGAAGCUUCGUUCGACUCUGAGGAGAAGUCAGAUUAUCCUCCAUCUGGGGCCAACUCCAUCUACACCGCCAUCCUGAGCAGAAAUGAGGCCGUCAAAGACGCCAAACGCCUCAAGACCUUCCUGGAGCUGCGGGACAAGUACGUGAAGAAGAAUGUUAUAUUUGAGGACCCUCUGUUUCCUGCCAACGACUCCUCGCUCUUCUAUAGUCACAAACCGGCCAUGAAGUUUGAGUGGAAGCGUCCCACGGAAAUCUGUGAUAACCCUCACUUCAUCAUCGACGGAGCAAACAGAACUGACAUCUGUCAAGGAGAAUUAGGUGACUGCUGGCUGCUCGCCGCCAUCGCUUGUCUGACACUGAACGAGAAGCUUCUGUACAGAGUGAUUCCUAAAGAUCAGAGCUUCACUGAGAACUAUGCUGGCAUUUUCCACUUCCAGUUCUGGCGUUACGGUGAAUGGGUGGACGUGCUUGUGGACGACCGUCUCCCCACCUGCAACAACCGCCUGGUGUUCACCAAGUCGUUCAGAAAGAACGAGUACUGGAGCGCACUUUUGGAGAAGGCCUAUGCGAAGCUGCACGGCUCGUACGAGGCUCUGAAAGGAGGGAAUGCCUUGGAAGCCAUGGAGGACUUCACGGGCGGGGUCACAGAGUUCUUCGAUUUGGACGAGGCGCCCAAGGAGCUCUACAGCAUCAUGAGGAAGGGGCUGCAGAGGGGCUCGCUGAUGGGCUGCGCCAUAGACGUCACUUCAGCCAGUGAAAUGGAAAGUCGGACUCAGCAGGGCCUGAUCAGAGGCCACGCCUACUCUAUCAUUGGCCUGGAGGAGUGUGAUCAGGUCGCCAAGGACACUAAAAUACGCCUGAUUCGCCUGCGUAAUCCCUGGGGCCGAGUGCUGUGGAAGGGCCCGUGGAACGCAACGUCUAACGAGUGGUCGACCAUUUCUAUCGCAGACAAGGAAAACUUAAAAAAACAAACCGUGGAAUCCAGUGAGUUCUGGAUGUCUUUCACAGAUUUCAAGAGGAACUUCACCAAGCUGGAGAUGUGUAAUCUGACCCCCGACACGCUGCAGGGUGAUGAAAGACAGAGCUGGACUGUGUCGGUCAACGAGGGCCGCUGGGUGAGGGGCAGCUCUGCUGGAGGCUGCAGGAACUUCCCAGACACGUUCUGGACCAACCCCCAGUACCGACUGCAGCUGUACGAGGAGGACGACGAACCCGAGGAGAAACAGGCGAGCUGCACGGUGGUCGUGGCUCUGAUGCAAAAGGGUCGACGGAAGCAGCGCCAUCAAGGGGCCGUGUUCCUAACCAUUGGGUUUUCUAUCUACGAGGUGGACGAGGAGAUGCGAGGGAAGAACCAACACCUACAGAAGGACUUCUUCCUCUACACAGCCUCCAAAGCUAAAUGUAAAACCUACAUUAAUCUGCGGGAGGUGACGGAACGAUUCUGUCUGCCUCCGGGGGAGUACGUCAUCAUCCCGACGACCUUUGAACCCCAUGAGGAGGGCGAGUACAUCCUCAGGGUCUUCUCUGAGAAGAACAUCUCGUCAGAGGAAGUGGAGAACACGAUCGAGGCCGGACAAAUACAGCAAGACAAGAUACAGAAGGAAAAGCCUAUUGUGUUUGUGUCAGACAGAGCACGGGCCAACAAAGAGAUCGCACACGACGGCAUCUGGGGAGACAUCAAGAAGAAACCCAAGAGAAAACUAUUUGAACCAGAAGAGGAGACUGAUGAGGAGAAACAGUUCAGAGCCAUUUACCAACAGAUUUCUGGUGAGGACAUGCAGAUUUGUGCCAAUGAACUUAGAAGAAUCAUGAAGAACGUUCUGGCCAAGCACAGUCAGAUUAAGACCAAAGAUGGCUUCAGCCUGGAGACAUGUCGGAGUAUGAUCGCACUGAUGGACACUGACGGAUCAGGAAAGCUGAACUUUGAGGAAUUUAAGCAUUUGUGGAAAAAGAUCAAGCAGUGGCAGCUGAUCUUCACACGUUACGACAAAGACAAAUCUAGUUCCAUCAGUAGUUUUGAGAUGAGAAACAUCGUAAACGAAGCAGGCUUUCACCUGAACAAACAGCUGUAUGACAUCAUAGCCAUGCGUUACGCAGACGAACACCUCAACAUUGACUUCGACAGUUACAUCUGCUGCUUUGUGAGGCUGGAGGGCAUGUUCAGAGCCUUUAAUGCCUUUGAUAAAGACGGCGAUGGAAUCAUCAAACUCAAUGUCCUGGAGGUGAGUCCAUUUUUUUUUAUCCCUGCUGCUGAAAACAAGCAUCAUCAACAUUUCUUGUUUAAAAUCGACCUUUCUUCUCUUCACAGUGGCUCCAGUUGACUAUGUACUCUUAAUAUAACUUUUCUGCCACCGGGUGUCGCUGCAGUCAGACGUUUUUGAAAGCAGCAGAAUAGUGAAAGAUCGUUUUUUUUUUGCCUCAAACUUGCGCCAUGUGUUGAUGUGGAAAGGCACUGACUCUGAGUGAACAUGAGCAUUCAGUUUGACAAGACCUUACAUCGAUGAAAUAAUUGUAAAUAAACAAGGACAACCGUUGUUAAAGUAACUGCAGCAUGAUAUCGUUUGAAAUGUGACAGUUAGUGUUGUAAUAUAAGCAGGUUCUGAUGAGACCUGAUGAAUAAACUCUCUGUGCAUGGCUUCACAUAUUAAGGCUGUGAUAAGAGACCUCCUCCUCCAUCUUGAGGUCAAACCACUAAUAGCAACAAACUUAACUAGGGGCAAAACUGUUAAGGCGACAUGCUGGCGAACGGAGGCACAGAACGGCGUCAGACACACCGGCGAACAUCGCAUGUGUUGUUGUCUUCUCACGAUCAGGUAUCAUCACUUCAGUGCUUCAAACAGAAACUGUGUCCAUAAUUCUGUGAACUAAUUCAGCUUUGAAAAAAAAAAAAUCACCAAAAUAAAGAUAGUCCUCCAUUCUCUGGAA